CCUGGGAGGCUCUGCCAGCUGCGGUACAACAGCGCGGGAGGACGACUACUUUGCUGGAUGGAAAAAGACAGCUAUGGUCAGUGAGUCUUCUGGGAUGAUUGCCUACUAGAGCUGAAUCAGGCUCUGGACUUCUAGCUGUGGGACCUGUGCCAAAGAAAGGAAGGCUUCUAGGUGGAACGCCUCACUGGGCAGAGCUGGCUGUGUGAGGAGAGAGCUACCCCUAGCGGGCCUGUGCGAAGCAUGCUGAGAAGGCCAACUUUUUUUUACCUUGAUCCAAAGUGAGCUGUUUUGUUUUGUCUGGUUUUUGUCUACGAUAUGGACCUAAUGUAGACUUUAGCUAAUAAAACAGCAGGAUGGGGGAAUGUGUCUAUUCCCCCACACUCCCAAGGACUCCAAGGGAAGAAUGCAGACAAUUAAAUGUGUGGUUGUGGGAGAUGGGGCUGUAGGUAAGACCUGCCUCCUCAUCAGUUACACAACAAACGCCUUUCCCGAGGAGUAUAUCCCUACUGUCUUUGACAACUAUAGUGCCCAGACAUCUGUGGACGGCCAGAUCGUCAGCCUGAACCUGUGGGACACAGCUGGCCAAGAGGAGUAUGACCGACUGCGAACACUCUCCUACCCCCAGACCAAUAUCUUCGUCAUUUGUUUUUCCAUUGGCAACCCAUCUUCUUAUGCCAAUGUGAGGCAUAAGUGGUACCCAGAGGUCUCCCAUCAUUGCCCCAAUGUACCUGUUUUGCUGGUAGGCACCAAGAGGGACCUGCGAAGUGACAUUGAGACAGUGAAGAAGCUGAAGGAACAGAGCCUAGUGCCCACAACUCCUCAGCAAGGCACUUCCCUGGCUAAGCAGGUGGGGGCUGUGAAGUAUCUGGAAUGUUCAGCCCUGAUGCAGGAUGGGGUCCAUGAGGUAUUUUCAGAAGCUGUCCGGGCUGUGCUUUACCCUGCCACAAAGAAGAACAGCAAGAAGUGUGUCCUCUUAUAGCUUUUGGGGUGCUGCUUGGAGACUGCACCUAAGGAGAAUAAGGGGGAGUUCCUUUGACAGCAUUUAACAGUGCCAGCGUGAGCCACUUAUCUCUUCCCCUGGAAACCCUAGACUCCAGGUUAUUCAGCUUUUGGAGGAACAAAGAGAGGCUAGUUUGCACUUGGCUGCUUUGAAGUUUGGUCUGAACCUUUUGGAGGAAGUUUGAGAGAGUGAGAGUGUGUGUGUCUCUCCUGUCGAAGUGGUAAGAGGAGAUGCCACCAAGUGCCGUUCUUUUCUGUCCUGGCCAGGCCACGACUAAGCAGAGCAGCCUAGCACUGUUGUUUGUAGGCUUUUGCUUGGCUGUUUGAAAUCUAAUUUCAGCGUUCCUGGCUGUAUUUACCGUUGAGCAAGUGCCUCACAGAAGGACAAGGUUCUACAAGUUUUCAAAUCAUUGCCUUAAGCUUUCUGAUACGCUAAUAUUUGGAAACCAUCUUAUGUGUGAUUCCUAGGUGUUCCCAAUGUUGACAUGCUCUUUCCAUUCUUGAGAGGAGAUAUUUUUGCAAUAAUGGUUAAGCAGCAUUUCUAGAGUUCUUUGAGAUGGUAAUAGAUGUUUCUUAAAAGGGUUCUCUGGUCAAAUAAGGCAGGGACCAGUGAUUUAAACAAUGCCGGAUAGUUUCCUCUUCUACUGCAGGAAGUUAUAACUUAAUAAGUAUGCAAUAUUUCCCAAACUUAUUUCACUGAACUUUUGUUUUUUGGCCCCAUGCAACACCUAUUAACAUCUCUGGGAACACAGUUUCAGGGAUGCUGGAUUACAAGGGACUGGGAAUGCUCAUGGUGGAGACUGAAAAAAGCAUAAUGUGGUCCUGUUCUUUGUGCUGUUUCCCUCUUCAUGCCUUUGACAGGAAUGUUUACCAGCCAUGGCCUUGUUAUUGGUUCCUCUUCCAUCCUCAGGAGGUGGGUUUGGCACUUAGUCACGAUAGUAUAUUGGCUGUGGGAUCUGAUGUUCAGAUCUGCUCUUGGAUUCUGCUAGCACAGUAGGCAUGGUGAUGUGUAAUGAACAGUCCCUCUGAAGAGCUGUGUCUCUGAGGCUUCUGUGUGGCUCUUUUUUCUCUCAUCAUCCUUCCGCUUGAAGGAAAGACCACUGAAGAUUAACCCCCUAAAUAAAACCAAUGAAACGACCAACGAAAUAAAAUGUCCUGCCAGUCACUGUCAGGGGGUUCUGUGAUUCCCUCUGAUACUUCUCUUCUGCUGUCAUUCCUCUGAGUCACUAUAAAGACUACCUUGCUCUCUUCCUGUUCCUCCCGCCUCUGUGUAUCUCCCUGUGUGUGUGUUCAGCCCUGUGUGCCUUUUGAGGUUGCUCCAAGAGAGCUGGGGUACGUUGGGUUUCCAGGCCGCAGGGCUGUCAUCGCCCUUGUGGUGGUGUUGCUGGAGUUGCUCAGCCUUCUCUCGGGGUGGAAGGAUUCAGAUUCCAUAUCCUAGCGGGCCUGCUGCUCCUUCUCCCUAGCUGUAUUUUUGACCUUCUUCAUUUGAUAUGGAAGGAAACCUUAACUUCUCUACCUGGCAAAUAGUGGUUGACAACUCCACCGUGCACAUAUCCUCUCACCCUGCCAGAAUAGCAUGGGAUUUUUGAGAGUUUGGGAAAUGGAGCUGAAAGGAACACAUACCUCCCCUUGGGGUGGGUGGAGUGCCUGAGCUUCACUCUGUGAUCAUCUUGCUGUUGCUCUUUGACGGGGUAUGAUCAGAGUAACCUCAGGCUAACUGAACCUCCUGGAUAGGGUUGCCAGAUAAAAUACCAUAAUUGUUUAGUAUAAGUGUGUUCCAUGCAAUAUUUGGGACACGCUUACACUAAAAAGUUAUUUGCUGUUUAUCUGAAAUUCAAAUAUAAUGGGGCAUCCUGUAUUUUUAUUUGCUAAAUCUGGCAACCCUACUCUUGGAGAACCUGGAACCUGGAGGUCAAAUAUCAAGUAUUGAUAGAAGAUAAAAGGUUAUGUAGGGACUUCCCUGGUGGUCCAGUGGGUAAGACUCUGCGCUGCCGAUGCAGGGGGCCCAGGUUUGGUCCCUGGUCGGGGAACUAGAUCCCGCCUGCCACAACUAAGAAGCCUGCCUGCCUCAACUAAGACCCGGUGCAGCCAAAAUAAAUAAAUAAAUAUUUUCUAAAAAUGAUUAUGUAAAUUCUCUAUUCUUCCUCCUUUUCUUCUGGUUGCCCUUUCCCUCACGUUGGACUAGUGUUUUCUUUUUCCUUCAUGACUGUACCCUCCACUUCACAUAGUACUUCAUUGGUGUAUAUUUCUACACUGCUGAUUGUCUAAAGCUGUGGAGGAUCCAGGAUGAAUACUGUUGUCCAGCGCUUGCCUUCUGUCUCAGGUCCAAUGUACUGUAUCUAUUUUCCAGUGUGUGACUCGGGGCCUCCUGGGGGUGGCAGGGAUUCUAUAUGAGAAGUGAGUCAACUGGAAGAGGGUGAGGGUGGACCUCCUCAACUAAGGCCCAGUAGCACUUUGGAAAGUGGGGCUGCUGUUACAGUAACGUGGCCACCAUAGAAGUCAACUGGCUUCUGGGCACUGUGCCCACUGCCCUUGGGUAGAGUCACUGGGUUUUCCCAAAGGCAGCCAAAUGAAAGUGUAUUCCAGUCUCAGGAUGUUCUGAUUGAUGCCACCUUGGGUGCUCACAGGACUUCAUGGUUCAAAGGGGUUAGAAACAUGGCUGUCACCUGGGUCUCUGGGAACUUUCUGUUUAGCUACUGAAAUCUUUUAAGUUGGCUUUUAAUUUAAUAGUGCCUCCUGCUCUCCCUUUGCCUUGCAAAUUCCCAAAUGUAAGCCUGGGUUUGGUUUGGGCAAAU